CUUCUAUGAGUUCUUUGUGCUUCGAGUCGUCGGUGCUGCCGCCGCACAGAGCUCGUUCGCCGCCGGCAUCGACCCAUGCAUUAUGUCCUGUGUUCAGACCGCCGCGACUUCCGCAGGGUGCUCUAGCUACGCGGAUCUCACCUGCAUUUGCUCCUCCACCGCCUUCCAGGCCUCUGCCCUGACGUGUCUCACCGCGAACUGCACCACCGCAGACAAUGCUCUCCCGUUCUGCCCUGUGCAGUGAGCGCGAGCUCCGCCGUCUGUUCCUCCACCAGCUCCGCGGCCUCCUCCACCAUCUUGAGCGC